AUGGAACUGAUGGAAUUGGUAGAGAACGAGCCUACGGCUCGUCCCUUCCAAUGCGACUGGCAGUCUUGCACAAAGAGCUUUAAUCGCAAAUCUGAUUUACAGAGACAUUAUCGUAUACAUACAAAUGAACGACCAUACGCUUGCUCUAUCCCUGGUUGUGGGAAGAGCUUCAUCCAAAGGAGCGCCUUGACAGUUCAUAUCCGGACACAUACUGGAGAGAAACCCCACCAGUGCCAGCAUAUCGGCUGCGGAAAGCGAUUCUCGGAUUCAUCGAGUCUUGCAAGACAUCGACGUAUUCACACCGGGAAGCGUCCGUACAAAUGCGCCCAUGAUGGCUGCUCCAAAAGGCAGGUCUCGGAAGUCUCAUUCAGCCCAUCGCCUACUAACAUGAGACCCAGCUUUUGCAGAAAAACCACCAUGGUUAAGCAUCAACGGAGGUCGCACCAGCAAGGAAUGAACCCCAACGACAUCGAUGACUGCUCCUCAGACUCAGACUCAGACGAGUCUCCGUCCACGCCUCAGCACUCCUCGAUGACUUGGUCGCCGCAUGAUAUGGUUCAUAUGAACCAUGUACCCCCAAACGGCUCGUUGCACCGAGCAUCCUCUUAUGCCGACUUCGAAUCCCAGGUUCACAACCACCACCAUAUGCCGCAAGGCUACGGUCCCAGGCAAGGGAUCCCCGCCAGCGUUCCUCACGAGUACCGUGGUUCUCCCGUCCCUGAGCAACACCCACACGUUCAACUCGUUCAUCGAGCCUCGACAAUGCCACGUCAAGCAUACUAUGUCACCGAGCAAGGAAACCCAGGGGUCGCUACGAUGAUAAACGCUGUUCCACCGCAUUACCAACUAUCCCAGCAAGUGCAACGCCCUGCUAUAGAACUGCCAUACUCUACAUCGGGAAUUGCGACGUCGAUUCAAAGCAGCCCCAGCACCUUUUCUGUCACCUCCGUCCCGAGCCCCAUGGUUCCGGAGGGUUUCUACGGACACCAACCGGGAAGCCAGCCAGCAUACUCAGCAGCCGAAUCCCAACCCGCUAUGAUCCAAUACCACCAGCCUGUUCAGCACCAUAUGGCUCAGCCUCAUCAGCCAGUGGUCUCUCAAGCGCAGCAUAUUCCUGCCACGACCGAACACUACCCUCCACCACCGGUCCACUCACAACAAGAGCAUUGGCCACACUACGACCCACCGAUUGAAGUUACAACUAUCGGUCAGCUUCCAGCAUACGGAACUGGAGUAUACGAUAUGUAUGGACCCAAGAUUGAGUUCGAUGACCCUUCGCUGCAACUACCAAGCAGCAGACUGGCGAGCAUGUGA